AUGAAGUGGGUGGUAGCAAUUUUUCUAAUUUCCCUGCUAAAUUUUAUUGAAUCCAGAACACUGCAUAAAAAUGCAUACGGAAUAGCUUCUGUACUGAAUUCUUCCCAAUGUUCUUCAGAGAUGAAUUUAAUUGACCUAGCCACCAUAUUUUUUGCCCAGUUUGUUCAAGAGGCCUCUUAUCAGGAAGUAAGCAAAAUGACAAAAGAUGUAUUGACUGCAAUUGAGAAACCCACUGGAAGUGAGCAACAUGCUGGGUGCUUAGAAAACAGGCUCUCUGCUUUUCUGGAAGAAAUUUGCCAUCAGAAAGAAAUAUCUGAAAAGUAUGGACUUUCAGAGUGCUGCAACAAGAGUGAGAAGGAAAUGCAUAACUGUUUACUAGCACACAAACAGGCCACUCCAGCAUCCGUUCCACCCUUCCAAGUUCCAGAACCUGUCACAGGUUGUAAAGCAUAUGAAGAAAACCGGGAGACAUUCCUGAACCGAUACAUCUAUGAGAUAGCAAGAAGACACCCUUUCCUGUAUGCACCCACCAUUCUUUUUUUGGCUUCUCACUAUGACAAAAUAAUUCCACUCUGCUGCAAAGCUGAAAAUGCUGUUGAAUGCUUCCAAACAAAGGCAGAAUCAAUUACAAAAGAAUUAAGAGAAAACAGCUUGUUAAAUCAGCAUGUAUGUUCAGUAAUGAGAAGUUUUGGGGCCCGGACCUUCCAAGCAAUAACUAUUACUAAACUGAGUCAAAAAUUUCCCAGAGCAAAUUUUACUGAAAUUCACAAACUGACCCUGGAUGUGGCUCACACACAUGAGGAAUGUUGCAGAGGAAAUGUGCUGGAGUGUCUGCAUGAUGGGCAAGAAAUUAUGUCCUACAUAUGUUCUCAACAAGAUAUUCUGUCAAGCAAAAUAGCAGAAUGCUGCAAAUUGCCAACACUUGAACUUGCUCACUGCAUCAUUCGAGCCGAAAAUGAUGAAAAACCUGAGGGCUUACCUCUAAACCUAAACAAGUUUUUAGGAGAUAGAGAUUUCAAUCAAUUUUCUUCAGGGGAAAAAGAUAUCUUAUUGGCAAGUUUUACUCAUGAAUAUUCAAGAAGUCACCCUGAGCUUGCUGUCCCAGUAAUUCUAAGGGUAGCUAAAGGAUACCAGGAAUUAUUGGAGAAGUGCUCCCAGUCUGAAAACCGUCUUGAAUGUCAGGAUAAAGGGGAAGAAGAAUUAGAAAAAUACAUCCAGGAGAGCCAGGCAUUGGCAAAGCGAAGCUGUGGUCUCUUCCAGAAAUUAGGAGAAUAUUACUUACAAAAUGCGUUUCUUGUUGCUUACACGAAGAAAGCCCCUCAGCUGACCACACCAGAGCUGAUGGCCAUUACUAAGAAAAUGGCUGCCACAGGGGCCACUUGCUGUCAUCUCAGUGAGGACAAGCAGUUGGCCUGUGGAGAGGGCGCAGCUGACCUUAUUAUUGGACAAUUAUGCAUCAGGCAUGAAAGGACUCCUAUAAACCCUGGUGUUGGCCAGUGCUGUGCUUCUUCAUAUGCUAACAGGAGGCCAUGCUUCAGCAACUUGCUGGUGGAUGAAACAUAUGUCCCUCCAGCGUUUUCUGCUGCCAAGUUCCUCUUCCAUAAAGAUCUGUGCCAAGCUCAGGGUGUAGCUCUGCAAAUGAUGAAACAAGAAUUUCUUAUUAAUCUUGUGAAGCAAAAGCUACAAAUAAAGGAGGAACAACUUGAGGCAGUCAUUGCAGAUUUCUCUGGCUUAUUGGAGACAUGCUGCCAAGGGCAGGAACAGGAGGUCUGCUUCGCAGAAGAGGGUCCAAAACUAAUUUCAAAAACUCGUGCUACUUUGGGUGUUUAA